AUGGAUAUCUCAGCAGCCUCAUGCUUCUCUGAAAUGGUAAUGGACGGUUCGAUUUCUGAGGACCAAAUUGAUUUGUUGGACACUUUUGAUGAAGAAUUGAAUGCUUUUCUUAGAGAAGAUUUAUCUCCAGGAAACAACUCAUCUUCUUCAUUAACUCUGAUUCCAAGUAGCAGCUCAAUGUCAAGUUUGUGUACUUCCCGGGGAAUGGAACCACCACCCGAACAGCAAAAGCUUAACAAUAAUAAUGGCUAUUGUGCGCCUAACUUUGCUUCUUCUACUCCGAUCAUUCUCAAUUUCUGCAACGCCAAUUCUCCUACUAGAAGUUCUCAGCAAUAUAAACUAAGUUCCUUGAAUCCAGAAGAAAAGGUGGCAGUUUCUGAAGCUUUGAGAAACUCUGAAGAGGCUAUAAAAACCUCACAAAAAACAAAGAAAAAUGGUCGUGUUAGGCCGCCAUCUCAACCCUAUGAUCAUAUAAUUGCAGAAAGAAAACGUCGGGAGGUGCUCAGCCAGCAAUUUGUUGCUCUUUCAGCCUUAGUUCCUGGCCUCAAGAAGGUGGAUAAAACUUCUGUACUGGGAGAUGCGAUUAAGUAUGUGAAACGCCUUCAAGAGUGCGUGAAGACGUUUGAGGAACGAGCAACAAAACAAACAGUGGAAUCUGUGGUGCUUGUUAACAAAUCGAAGCUCUCAAUGGAAAACGAGGGAUCUUUGGACGAGAAUGACAGCUCCGAGCUGCCGGAAAUAGAAGCUAAAGUUUGCAACAACCACAUUUUUCUGAGAAUCCACUGUGAGAAGCAUAGAGGCAUUCUAUCCAAAAUACUUACUGAGGUAGAGAAGCUCCAUCUCUCAAUCAUCAAUGUGACUACUACAUCGUUUGGAAGUUUUGCUCUUGAUAUUAGCGUUAAUGCAGAGAUGGAGAAAGAAUCCAGCUUGUCGCCGAAAGAAGUUAUACGGGCUCUUCGUUUGGCUCUCCAACGUGCUGCAUAG